AUGCAGGAUGCGGUAUCCGAGAGUGGACCUUACUUGGGGAUCUACCAGGGUCUUCUCCAGAGACUCAAUAACCAUUUCUUCGUUAAGUCUGUCGUCGACAGGAAUUUGCUACAAUUCCAGCCACCAACAGGACCACUGAGUGUCACAUUCGAUGACGGAUCCACCGAGGAGAUAAACUGGCUCGGGCGGUUGAGCGACUAUACCAAGUACGUGGGAGAUGACGCCAUUACCGCGCGCUUCUACAAUGCCCUAACCAAUAGGAAUCCACUAUUCGAAAAAACGGUGGCGUUCGAGACCGAGUUUUACCAGAAGAAUGCCAGCACUCUAUGGAACUUUGCUGAUGGGUCGUCGAAUCAAGACUACGGUUAUGCUGGCUUGGACGACAUUGUGGCUCGAGCGGAUAGUAGUCGUAAUGUGUAUGAUGAUGGUAAUGCUGCUCUCUUCUCGUCGAAAACUUCGGAAGGGGAAGCGAGGUGGAUCUCUGGAACCGGCUACCAAUAUUCAUUACUGGACGACACUGUGGUGGUGAGCGUACCGGACUUCGUUCCCGGUGGUGGCACUUUUUCACUGCCGGUCGUUCUGUACGAAAACUUUUCCGAAGUUCAAGACUUCGCUCGGGAGAACGAUGUGACUCGAAUACUAUUUGAUGUCUCUACCAAUGGUGGUGGCUUUGUCGUUUCAACCUUCGCAUUGCAAUGGUAUAUUGUACCAAAUGCCGACGAGAUUUGCUUCCCUAUUGUUCGCCAUAUGACCGAUGAUUGGAUCUCCUGG